GAACCAAGCCGUGCGGGACGCAGUGCACAAUGCCAAAGCCGCUGUGCGCUUCGUCCGGAAGAACGCAGAGCGCUUCGGUGUCGAUGCUGCCCACAUCGCUGUAUGGGGGGAAUCAGCUGGUGCCAUUGUGGCUGCCAGCAUGAACUCCGUCUCCACCGAGGGUGCCAGUGGUACUCCCGGUGUGUCGUCCCAGGUCGCGGCAGCCCUUGGUCUCUCUGGCACGAUCUGGCCGUUUCUGGUUGCCAUGCCUGGGAAUGACGCCGAGGAAGUGACGCCCUGGUUCAACGUCUUUGGCACCAAGGAUUCCAUUCUGUUUCCCUUCCUAGCUGUGAUGACCCAUACGUUUCUGCUGGCGCGGGGCUUGUCGGCUGCCGAGAACCGCCUCGUUUGG